GUUUGCGAAAACUUUUAGCAACUUGUAGUAAUAUUGCGAUUCUGCCGGUAUCUAUACGAGAAAAGAAAAGCCUCCUUUCUCCUUUUCAAAAGGCGAGAACGUGAUAAUGGCAGCCGUAGAAAUGCCUGAAGCCUUGAAGCCGAUCAGCUGGCUCGCCGGCCGCUGGAAGACCGAAAGCGGCUGCGGAAAAUACCCGAACAUUCCGGAGUUUCAGUACCACGAAGUUUUGGAAUUCACCUGCAUAGGUCAACCAAUGUUGAAUUUCACCUCCACAUCUCGGCACCCAGAAAAGCAAACUCCAAUGCACCAGGAACGCGGCUUCCUCCGCAUCAAGCCUGGCUCCCACCAGCUCGCCUUCAUCGUCAGCCACAACUUUGGACUAACAUCGCUGGAGGAAGGCCAAGUGGAGCCGGAGAAACAACAAGUUGUUUUGAUUUCAACUAGUAUUUCACGGAUGUCGUUUGCGAAGCAGCCGUCUGUUAAGAGCUUGAAGCGGGUUUGGAAGCUCCUGGAUCCGGGCACUCUGGAAGUGACCAUUUAUAUGGAGACUGAUGACACACCACUUACUGAGCACCUAAAGGCUGUUUACACCAAAGAAUCUCAAGAGUAGUGUGUAUUUGGGGCAUUUUCUAUGAAAAGGGACCUUAUUACCGAUGGCGCUUACGCCGCACAGCGUCGCGCGGCAUUGUAUUUAUAUCGGAGCAUCGUUUAUAAUGGUGUAAGCGCUAUCGACAAUAAAGUCCCUUUUUAUAGAAAAUACCACAUUUGUAGGUACCGAGUAGUAGGUACAUGAUAACCGAAAUUUCGUAAUCUGCCUCUUUAUUGCGUCAAUAGCAGCAAGGCAAGAGUGAUAGAGAGGCAGAUAACGAAAUUUCGAUUUUCGUGUUUCGCGGUAGGCCCUCUCACAUGAUGUCUGAAACUUUCAAAAAUUGCGAGAUUUCCACAUGGUAAAAUAUCGGAAACCUCGUUUUUUGAUGAGAAACGAAAUUUUCUAUUUCCAAUUAUUUAAUCGCGUAAUAACUUAUGUUUAUUUUUAUUGCCUGACGUUUUGAACGUGACGUUACGUUCGAAACGUCAGGCCAUAAAUAAACGUAAGUUUUUACGCGAUUAAGUCCCGGUGUUAGUUUCAAAUUAUUUAAUAUAGAACUCACACACAGCGGUCAACAGCCAUUUAAGUAAGCCAGCAAGUAGUGACUUAAUGAACAUUAGUAACAAUUUCCAACAGUCUCUACCUCCUUGAAAAGGCACUCAUAUGUGAUCAUUCAAUCAAAACAUUGCAAACUGCUUACAUGAAUUUUGUUCGUUAUGUAAUUAUUGCAGCACUCGCAGUAAUUUAGAAGUUGAUCUCUGAAUAAAUAAAAGAUAACUGUU